GGCUAGCUGGACGCAGCACGAGAUGGCCACCAACGAAGAGUUGUUUCGACAGAUGCAGGCCUUGACCGCGGAGGUUCAGAGGCUUAGCGAGGAGAACGCCCGACUGCAGCGUGAACAGCAAGGCGGACUCCAGGCCAUCCCGGCCCUCGUGGAUGCUGUGACCCGCCUGACGGGUAGGCCCGACCAGUUCCAGAGGCUCGUCGACACGAAAGGGAUCGGCAAGCCCUCGGUGUUCGACGGGUCGGAGGCCAAGUACCGCGAAUGGGCUGCCAAGUUCGAGUCGUUCGUAGUCGGAGUCUUCGGCGAGCAGUUCAGGGCGGUGCUGGAGUGGAGCGUCGAGCGGCACGACUCGAUCGAUCGCGGGCUCUGGCAGGCGGCUUUCGGGCCGCACAGCGAAGGCGAGAUCGACCACAUCGACGAGAUGGUGGCGCAGCUGCACACGGCGAUCCAGCAGCUCGUGACGGGCGAGCCCUUCGACAUCACUCAGAACGUCGACAAGGGCAACGGGCUCGAGUGCUGGAGGCGCCUCGCGAGGAGGUUCGACCCUUCCACCGGCGGGCGGAAGCGGAACUUGUUGAAGCAGGUGCUCUCGCCCGGGCGCUGCAAGCUCGAGGAGCUCGCGGGUGCCCUGGAGAGGUGGGAGGAGGCCGUGAAACGGUACGAGUCCAGGAGGGACGACGACGGCAACCGCGAGCGGCUCUCGGACAGCGUGCGGAUGUCUGCCUUGGAGAGCCUGCUACCAGCUGAGCUCGAAGAACACGUUCUUCUCAACCAGAGCCGCCUGAACACCUACGAGCUGCUCAGGAGGGAGAUCGCGUCGUACCUGGAAGCCAGGACCGGUGCUCGACUUCGAGACGCCCCGGUGCUCACCAAGGCGCAGCGCGACCCCAACGCCAUGGACAUCGGCGCCCUGGUCCGCGCGUACCAGGGCGGGAAGGCCGGCAAGGACAAGGGCGGCAAGGGCAAGACGGGCACUGGCAAAGGCAAGGACGACAAAGUCAAGAACGGAGGUAAGGGCUCAGGCUCAGGCUCAGCCAAGGGGUCUGACACGUCCCACCUCGUCUGCUGGAACUGCGGGCGUUCGGGGCACAAGGGCUCGGACUGCUGGAGACCGUCGGCCUCGGCGGAGGUGAUCGCCAAGGCUAAGGCUAAAGCCAAGGGCAAGCAGAAGCCGAAGGGCGGCGGCAAGCACGACGCGGGCGCGCUGGACGUCGGGAAGUCCGAGGAGGAGGCCCCUGGCGACUGGGAGCCAGAGGACCACAUGUUCCUGGAGCUGUUCUCCGCCGAGCGCGAAGAGAACGCGAAGGAGGUGAACAGGAGGAUCGUGGACGACAAGGGCUGGGUGAAGGUCAACUUCGACAGCGGAUGCGCGAGCUCGGUGAUCCCCCGCGAAUGGACUCCAGCGACUUCGGCCCCUUCGAGUCAGAGGUUCAAGACGGCGAGUGGUGGUAUCAUCGCAGACGAGGGCGGCGGGGUGCUGGAGGGCGUCAACGAGAAUGGCGCCAGGAUGCGCAUCGCCGGGCGCAGGGCUGCUGUUACCAAACCCCUCGUCUCGGCCAGCGAGAUGCUCAAGAAGAGGAUCGGCAUCCUGGACGAGAGCUGCGGCAUGGUGAUCGAGAAGGGUUCCACUGCCGGACGGGCGAUCAUGAAGCUGGUCGCUAAGCUCAAGGAGACGGGAGCGCUGGAGAACAACAUCAGGUUGCAUCGGGAGCGCGGUGUGUACAACGCCUACCUGAAGCUGCCGGAGGAGAAGGCCAAGGAGCUGGAGCAGUUGCCGCUGAACACGAUCGAGUCGGAGCUGGCCCAUCGCCGAGCCGAGGCGGAUCUACUCGCUCGAGCACGUGCAGGGCUUGCCUCGCCGGCCCGUCUCCCCGCCUUGCAGGCGUCGGGGGGCAGCCGGAGCCCCGCCCAGCCGACCUCUCUCGAGAUCGAGGAGCACGAGGCGCAGGGCCACGUCCACUUCAGGUCCUGGUGCCCUUCGUGCUGUGCGUCGCGUGGGACUGGCCAAGCGCAUCGUGGACAUCAACCUGCUGAGGGUGAGGUCCCUACGGUCGUCACCGACUACGGCUACCUCAACGCUAGCGAGUCGGACAGCAGAGGCCGCGACGUCAGCUCUGCGAUCACGGUGUUGGUGAUGCACGACUGCCUGCCGACCGGGACGGGCUGCCACGGCGCGAGCUCGGUCCCUGCCAAGGGGAAGGACGACUUCAGCUCGGGCGUGGCGGUCGACUUCUUCAAUCACAUAGGCCACAAGAGGUGCAUCUACCAGUCGGACGGCGAGAACCCGCUGCUGGCGCUCAAGAGGGACGUCUGCAGCAAGGCCGAGGGGAAAGAGCUGCUGCUUCGCGAGAGCCCGGUGGGAGAGCACCAGGCGAAUGGAGCAGCCGAGAACGCGGUGAAGGUCAUCAAGGGCGUCGUCAGGACGGUGCUGGUGUCAGCCCAGGCCAAGUGGAAGCAGCGUCUGCCGUUCGGGCACCCGUUAAUGCUGUGGGCCCCCACCUAUGCAGCCCAGAUGCUGAAUAGGUUCAAGAUCGGCGACGACGGUAAGACGAGUGAGCAGCGGAGGUCUGGCAAGCGCUGGGAGAAGGUGACGGUUCUUUUCGGCGAGCGCAUCCAGGUGAAGAAGCUGGUGAAGGACUCGCUCAAGCGCGACCUGGAACCCCGCUGGGUCACGGGCUACUACGUGGGCCACACCAGCAGGAGCGGCACGGCGCUGGUGCUCACCUCGAAGGGGGUGCAGCGCGGCACGGCGAUCUCACGCCUGCCGCCCGCCGAGCGCUGGGCCUGGAACGAGGAGGAGGUCCUCGGGCUCAAAGGCAAGCCUUGGGACUGGAAGGGCGGCGAGGAGCGCUACGCGGCAGCUCCUGCGGACGUCGCCCCGAGAGCUGGACGCAUGGAGGCGCCAGUGGUGGUGGCGCUGCCAGCAGCCGCCGAGUCUCGAGACGUGGGCUUCUACGUCACCAGGGCCAACAUCCUGGACACGGGCAUCGGGCCGACCGAGGGCUGCGUCGCCUGCGAGAACCUAGUGGCCACUGGGCGCGCAGGAGUUGCCCACUCUGAGCUGUGCCGACAGCGCGUGAUUGAGGCGCUGGCGGCUCGAGGCCCGGAGCCAGCGUCCGCGGCGGCUUCGGGCUCAGGAGGCCCGGCGCCGGCGGCGGCAGCACCAGGCCCAGGAGGCGCUGGACCUGCUGCCAUGGAGACGGGCGGACUCGAGGAAGUGCCGCUCGAGUUGCAGUCGCUCGCGUUCUCGGAGUACUGCAACCCAGGAUGUUUCACUGAGCUGGCUGGGGAGUUUGGCAUGCUCCCAGGGCUAGCGGCGGACAUCAGCCUCAAGGACCGGGAGUCCCAGGAGGCGCUGGACAUGAGGAAGGUCGUGAACCAGCAGAGGUACAUGCAGGCGCUCGAGGACCAGGACCCCCACUUGGUCAUCGGGGCGCCGCCCUGCACGCGCGUCUCGAAGCUGACGAGCUUGAACCGCGGCAGGUACAAGGACCCGGAGGCGCACGCCAAGGCCGAGGAGGACGAUCGCGUGUUGCUUCGCUUCGGGAUGGAGGUCUACAAGGAUCGUCACGCCAAGGGCAGGUGGUUCUUGCACGAGCACCCUUGGGACGCCAAGUCGUGGGACGACGAGGCGGUGAAGGGGGUGGUCUCGCUCCCUGGGGUGUACCUCGUGCGAGGGGACAUGUGCGCCUGGGGCCUGGAGCUCAAGGGCGAUGACGGGAAGGUCGGGCCGGUCAAGAAGAGCACCGGCUGGCUGACCAACAACGAGCGCCUUGCUAAGGUGCUAGCAGUCUGCUGUCCUGGAGGACAUCGACACGUACCGCUACUUGGAGGAGGCCGUGCUAGGAAGGCGCAGGCCUACACGCCUUCGCUACGCCGCGCGAUCUUGCAGGGGCUCAAGGAGGAGCUCGAGAUCGCGGGCGAGAUCAACUCGUUCGAGGGCGUCGGACCGGUGCCAGACGAGGAGGCGCAGUACUUCAAGCCAGACGCCCCUCCAGGUGCAGCUGAGUCGGACAGGUGGUACUGGGACGACGUCAACGGGGGCUGGCUCGACCCUGCGGGAGUGCGGGCCGCGCGCCAGGAGGAGCUGGCCUGGAUGAAGCAUCGCGAGGUGUUCGAGCCGAGCGACGAGGAGACCUGCAGGCGCCUGACCGCUCGGGCGCCGCUACGGACGCGCUGGGUCGACACCAACAAGGGCGACGAGCAGAGGCCAAAGUACCGCUCCAGACUGGUCGCGAUGGAGAUCAAGGCUGCGAAGAAGGCGUCCGAGCAGAUGAGCGCGAGCGAGCUCUUCAGCAGCACGCCGCCGCUGGAGGCGGUCAAGCUCCUGUGUUCGCUCAUGGUCUCGAUGAGCCGCUCGCCCCGAGGACUCCCCCUCAAGAUCGGCUUCUGGGACGUCAGCAGGGCGCACCUGUACGGGGACGCCCAGAGGAUCUUGUUCGUUCGUCUUCCUGAAGAGGAGGGAGGAGGAGUCGCUCGGCUGCUACGUUCCAUGUAUGGUACUCAGGACGCGGCUUCAGUGUGGCAGAGCGACUGGAGUCGACAGCUCUUGGAGGAUUCGUGGCGCAUGGGCGUGGCAAGCCCAGCAGUGUUCUAUCGUCCCAGUGAUGAAGGUCGCGGGCUGGCUCACGGCGACGACUUCAUGGUGCUCGGCGACGAGAUCACGUUGAAGGAGAUCGAGGCGAAGCUGACCGAGCGCUACGACAUCAAGUGCACCGGGAUCUUGGGUCCCGACAGUGGGGACGCGAAGGAGGUCGUGUUCCUCAACAGGGUGUUGCGGUACGUUGAUGGCUCCACCCCGGCGGUGGAGAUCGAGUCGGACCAGAGGCACGUUGAGCUGCUGAUCAAGGAGCUGGGCCUCGAGAACGAGUCGAAGGGCCUGGACGUGCCGUCGGUCAAGAAGACGGAGGCGGACAUCGACUACGAGGCGAAGCUCAGCACGCUGCCCCCGGACGAGGUCCGUCGGUAUCGAAGCGUGGUGAUGCGUGCCGCUUAUCUCACCUUGGACAGGCCGGACAUCGUCGACGCGGUCAAGCAGUGCUCGAGGUUCAACAAGCAGAAGAUGCCGGACAGGAUCACGGCCACCUGCGACUCGGACUACGCGGGGUGCCUCAUCACCAGGAAGUCGACGAGCGGGACGGUCUUGGCGUUCGGGGAGCACACUCUGUCGGCCACGGGAUCGCUGCAGAGCACGGUGUCCCUUUCGAGCGGCGAGGCUGAGUACUACGGCAUCCUCCGUGCGGCUGCUGCCGCGCUCAAGGUUGCUGCCAUCGCCGUGGACCUCGGGCUCGAGAAGAGCGUCGAGGUCGUCUGCAAGCACGGAGAGUUCCCGAUAGAGGUCUGCGGGGACUCGACGGCGGCGAUCGCUUUCGCAUCGCGCCAGGGCCUGGGCCGCCAGAAGCAUGUUAUGACGAGAUACCUGUGGCUUCAGAGCGCGGUCAAGGCCAGAAGGAUCAUACUCAAGAAGGUCGACACGCGGGAGAACGUAGCCGACUCCCUGACCAAGCCGCUGUCGGCGAAGGUGGUCCAGAAGCAUCUCAAGAGGAUGGGCUACUAUUUCAGGUCGAGGUGGAGCGCCCUGCACCGGACGAUCGCCAAGAGGCGGAGCGGCAUCGGCGCCCCAGGCGGCGCCGCGGGCAGCCGCGGCCCCAGAGCUGGCCGCCCCUGCUGCUGCGCCGACGACAUUGGCAUUGACGACAGGUCCGACGGCAGGCCCAGUGACGCCAUCAUCGAGGCAUGGCUGCAGUGCCGCGGUGCCCGGACAUUCCUGAGUUACAGGAUCAACUUGGACGAACGACGGCACCAGGUGCUCGAGCGAGGACAGGCCUUUCCUGAUGCCAUCGCUGGCGACCUCUAUGCCUUCGACCCGAUUGGACGGGAGGCGGUCGCGGGGCACAAGAGACGUGCCCGUCUUCAGGCGGCCGUGCUGGGCGGUGACGAGGACGAGGCCAUGGACGCCGAGGAGUGGGUCUACGCCGGCCUCGACGACCCUGCGUUCGGGGCGCUCGUCGCCGCCGACGUCCUCGAGGGGGACGAGUUCGUGGAGUUGGGCAACCGCGGGCUGGUACGACGUGAGGGCACAGCUCGUGGAGUCGAGAAGGUGGGUCGCGCCCGCCUGGCGGAGUGGUCUGAGCAACGUCGUGUCGGGGCUGAGGAUAUCAGGAGCUUGGGCGUCCACGCAGCGGCGGACGGCACACGUCGCCUCGGGUGGACAGACGCUGUCGGCAUGCUGCGCGAGAGUGACAUGCCCGAGUGGAGGUUCGAGGGGCCGCGGGUGUGUAAGGAGCUUGCGGCCUCGACCAGAGAAGGUUCAGGGAACCCGACUUCUUAUCAUGCAGAGUGGAUCAGGCUGUCGGGGGUCAACCAGAACAGCGCCAUCGCCUACGAGCACGAGAAUGCCAUGGAGAUGCUGCGCGUUGCCACCAGCACCGACCAGGUGGACAUCAGCAACCUGGCCUCGUUCGAGCUCCUCGCGAGGCGGGUCGUCAUGCUGGAGAUGGCUGUGGCGCGCGACCCUAGGGAUCCCGACUUCAGCGGGCUCGGGGUCAUCGCCGACGGCGCUGUGGGAACUGACGGUGCCGCGCGGGCGCCACGGUUCCGCACCUGGGUGUCCGAUCGACAGAAGGAGAGAGCGAACAUCCUCAAGCAGUCGAGGUUGUACAAGGAGGAGACCAGGAACGAGCGGGAGAGGUCACCAAAGCCGACUGGUGGCCUGGCGGGGAGUGGAGGCACGGAGGACCCUUUCCUCUUCCUGUGCCUGAUGUUCGGCAAUAUCCUCGUGGGGCCCCUCACUAUGUGCAGCAGAGGCCUGGUCCCCGACGGACUCUUUCCGAGCAGAGCCCUCCAGGAGCUCUUCAAGACGAAAGACUUGUACGGUCAAGAGCCACGUCACCUUGCCAGUUAUGAUCCAGCCAAGCUGCGAGUGGCCAAGGGAGUGGUGGAACCCAAGGAUGCGAGAGCGCUGCUGCCACCACAUGCAGCACAGAGGCUCCGACGCUAUAAGACGUGCAUCGAGCUGUCCGCCGAGGACAUCGAGGCCAAGUUCGCCUCCGAGCCCUCGCCCAAGCCCUACUGGGACCCCGUGCUGCGGCGCAACAAGCGAGCCCGGCACGAGCUGUUGGGCAUCCUGGUGCCCAGGAGACGCCUCAAGGGCCGCAUCGGACUCUUCUUCGUCAAGAAGAAGGAUGGGGCCAUUCGCCUCAUCGUGGACGCUCGCUACCCUAAUGCCUGCCACAAGCCGCCGCCCACCACGCAGCUGGGGACCGCGCAGUCCUUCGCGGAGCUCAACCUGGCCGAGUUCGCGGACGUGGCGGCGGAGAUGGCUUCUCAUUGUGUUCUGCCUGGUGCUGGGGGCGUCCCAGCCCUGGACUUCCACCAGAGUGGCGCCGACGUGCGCGACGGCUUCUACCAGUUCAGCAUCGUCGAGGUGGCCGACUGGUUCGGGAUCGACGAGUCGUUCAGCAAGGGGAGUUUUGGCAUCACCAGGGUGUUCGACCCCGAGCUGGGCGUGGACGUGGAGCUGGCCAAGCACGAGUCUUUCUACCUUUGCAUGGGGGCCAUGCCCAUGGGAUGGUCGUGGGCCCUCUACUUCUGCAACGAGGCGGUGGCUUCCCGCGCGGCAGCCGUGGCUGCCGACGGCUGGGGCAGCUUGCUCCGAGAGCGCGCUCCCGCCCCCCGCCUGGUCCCUGGCCAGCCCGUCCACGCCGUCUACGUGGACAACCACACGGGGCUGGGACAUAGCGCGGCGGACGCGGAGCAGGCCCACCAGGACUUCCGUGCGCAGUGCGCCGCCUUCGGCCUCGACCUCCAUGAUGAGGUCCCUUGCAGCCCCUAUCUCGAGGCGCUCGGGCUGCAGUUCGACGGGCCAGGCCGCCGCCUGCGGCAUCGGUCCGCCCGGCUCUGGCGCUUCAAGCUGGCGACUGUGGCCCUGCUUCGCCGCCGAGUGGUGGCAGGAUGGCAGCUCGAGAUCUGGCUGGGCCACGCCGUUCACAUGUGUGGCCUCGGCCGACCGCUGCUGUCGAUCCUCUCGCAGAGCUACGCCUACGUCGCGUCCCACAAGGAGAGGUCGGGCCGUCUGUGGCGAGGUGUGCGGCGAGAGCUCUGGCUCAUGUCCAACCAGGUUUUCACUUGCGAGGUUGAGCUGGAUGCACCGUUCAACUCGUCGGUCUACCUCGGCGACUCGUCGGACUACGGCUACGCUCUCAUGGAGACGAGGGGCACGGGCGACGAGCUGCUGGAGGACUUCAAGUGGAGGGAGCGCUGGAGGUUCAAGGCCGCGCCACCGCUGCCUCCGCCGCCGCACCCGACCCUGGGGGCAUUGGGCGCGGCUUUUGGGGUCUGCUUCGACGGCGACGACCCCGAGCAGCUGGAGGCGUUCGGCGAGCCCCACGUCGUGGGGAGGACCGCCUGGGAGCCGCUGGGGGCCCGGACCCGCCUGGCGCAGUGGGCCACCGAGGCGGCCCACGCUGCCGAGGCCGGGGCCGGCCCCGAGCGACGCAGACGGCGGCGCACGGCCCGAGGGGCUGCGCCGCGUGAGGAGGUGGAAGGCUUCGAGGCCAUCCCCGUGGUCGGCGCCUGCUGGGACAAUAGGCGGCGCUGGCGUACACUGGUGGAAGGCUUCUGGCACUGGAGGCAGGAACACAUCAACGUCAAGGAGGCUAGGGUCUGUCUCAUGGGACUCCGACGUAGCUUACGGACCAGACGGGGCUGCCACCGCCGGCUGCUCACCCUGUCGGACAACCUCGUGUCCGCCGUGGUGUUCGACCGCGGCCGCUCGUCGAGCUGGGCGCUCAACGCGCUGUGCCGCCGAGCCGCGGCCUACCAGAUUGCCGGCUGCGUGGCUUGGCGGGUUCGCCACAUCCGCACGGACAGGAACCACGCAGACGAGGGCUCCCGUCGCCCCCGUGUACCUCGAGUGCUGGUGCCCACGAGGCUUGAGGGCGGAGCGCCCGCGGCCCCUCAGCGGAGGGGAGGCCGCCGCCUGGGCGCGCCUCGACAUCAUGGCGCGCCCCAGGCGGCCCAAGCCUCGCUCGAGCUCUUCGCGGGCUCGGGCCGGCUCACCGCCUCUCUCAAGCGCCUGGGGCUGCGGGUUUUACCAGGCGCCGAGAUCAAGGGCUCUGCCCGGUAUGAUCUGUCACGUCGAUCGACGCAGCGAGCUGUGCUGCGCUGGAUUCUGAGCGGGAAGGUCUGGUACGUACAUCUGGGGGCAGCAUGCUCCGCCUGGUCAGUUGCCCGCUCCACGCCUUAUAACAUUGAGCGGGCACGGCGGUUGGAAGCAGUUUCUGUCGACAUGGCGCUCUUCACAGCUGAGGUCAUCAAAGAGUGUGACCGCUGUGGCGUACUGUGGUCGCUGGAGAAUCCUGCCAGCUCGAAGUUGUUUCGCUUCGAGCCCCUUGCUGUCCUUGCCAGUCUGCCAGACGCCCGAUAUGUCUCGUUCGAUCUUUGUGGAUUCGGAGAAAAUGUUCGCAAACCGACCACCAUCUUCACCAACGCCAUCUGUCUGGACGUCCUGGGGAGAAGAUGUGAUGGGUCACACCGUCAUGAGCCUCUGCAGGGUGGGCUCAAGGCUGGUGCCUACUCGCCCGCCCUCUGCCGAGAGUGGGCUGCCGCGCUAUGCUCGGCGGCGCCUCCUCAGGCCUUCGGCGACUCCGAGCCGCUCGCCUCCGAGUGGGACACGGAGCUGGAGGCGCCGGUGCCGCGGUCGCAUGGUGCUGCAGCGAAACUCGGCGAGGCUCACGGCGGGACUGACGCCGAGAGCCGCGGGCAGCACUUCCUCGCGCGCCACGCCGUCGAGUUCGGCGGCGCGCGGGGUCAUCAAGGCGGCCCUGAGGAGAAGGAGCGGCUGGCGGUGGCGCGCAGGGCGCGAGUCCCGCCAGCGGCGCGCGACAACUUCCUGCGGCUCGGGACCAUCCGUGACUCCACGAAGCGGCUCUACUCAGACGCGCUCGGCAGGUUUAAGGGCUGGGCGAAGUCAAAGCACUACGAUCUGGGUAGCUUCAGCUCCACGGACUCAGCGAUGGAACAGUACUUCACCGACCUGUACUUCGAGGGGUCAGGUCCCGCCGAAGGCCGCAACGUUCUCUACGGCUACAUUCACUUCGAGACGCACCUGGAUCGGAACAAAGCCAACCUGUUCCCGAAGACGUCGAGGGCGCUUCGAGGAUGGACCACUCGGGCUCCUCAGCGAGUCCGCGACCCCAUCCCCUUCGGCGUCGUCUGCCUGAUCGGCCUCUACUUCCUGGACAAGGGCCUGACCGACGCCGCGGUGUGCCUGGUCCUGCAGUUCGACUGCUACCUGAGGCCGGACGAAGCCGUGUCGCUCCUCCUGUCCUCGGUGCUGCCGCCUGCGCCCCGGGCAGGCCAGCGAUGCGCGCGGGCCUGGGCGCUGCUUCUGGGUGAGGCCGAGCAUGCAGCGCCCACCAAGACAGGGGUUGUGGACGGGACAGUGGUGAUCGGUGAGCUGCAACGAUCCUGGGUGGCGGAGGCGGUCGGCCUCUGGUACCGCGUGGGCAGUGCAGCUCCCUACAUGUUCGAUAUGACUCUCUCCAAGUACGAGGCCCUCUUUCGUCAAGCCGCUUUUGAUUUGGGCCUCACCGAUCUGGACAUCUCGCCUCACGGAGUUCGGCAUGCCGGUGCUUCGC